AUGCAAACUGCGGUUUAUGCCGGGAGCUUCGACCCUCCCACCAAUGGACACCUCUGGAUGAUUAGCCGUGGGCUUGAGCUCUUUGACCGCCUCGUAGUCGCCAUCGGCAACAACCCAGCGAAAACAUACACCUUCUCCGUCGAAGAACGAAUCGAGCUCCUCCGCGAAUCCCUCCCCUCCUGCGAGCGCCUCACCCUCGAUCACUUUGACAAUCGCUACCUCGUGGACUACGCCAAAUCCUGCGACGCCCAAUUCAUCCUCCGUGGCAUUCGUUCCCCUCAAGAUUACGAAUACGAACGCGUCAUGCGCCAAAUCAAUGGUGACAUGGCCCCAGAGAUCGACACCGUAUUUCUCAUGCCUCCACGAGAUAUCGCCGAGCUCUCAUCCAGCAUGGUCGAGAGCCUCAUCGGCCCCGAAGGCUGGGAAGAAACGGUCGAACGCUACGUCCCUGCACCCGUUUUCCAAGCCCUCAAAACUCGCACGCACGAAUAA